ACGCCGAGGGAAUUUUAGAACAAAAUGAUACUAAACCACACUGCAUAAAACUAAAAGUGAAAUGUUUUACAGAUUAAAUCACUUCUCCUCAUCCAUUUCCUCACCAUAUUUUUUAAGUUAAGUCUUAUAAUCGUCGACGAUUAAAUUGGUACAUUAUUGGGCUUUGGUAAAAGCAAGCUGGUAGCACAGUGUUGCAAAUUUAAAAUAGGGUGAAAUUAUGCAAAAUCAACUACAAAUCAAGACGUACUGAAGUAAAAACUAUAAUUUAUUAACAAAUAACAAGACAUUACAUAAAUGUAUAUAAUUUGGACAACAAAAAUCAAUGGAAAAUAUAUUAUGGUUUCAUGCAGAUAACACAAUCUAUUUUAUUUCAUUUUUUUAAUUUUUUUCAAUCCACCUGCAGAUCCCUACAUGAGCCAACAGCUCAAGGGAUAUUGACCUUGUCACAUUAUAAACAAAAAUUAAACAUAGUUAAAAUUGCAAUAAAAUAAUCAAGUUUACAAUUAUAAUGAAUUUUGAUAAUCUACACUUUCAACAAAUAAUCACAAAUUUUAUAAUUUUCACAAUUUACACAACACAACAAACAGUACAUAUUUUUCAUUUAAUAUACUCUGAAUCAUUUGUAGGGUGUCCUAUUAAUUAUACAGCAAAUUACAUAUUAUUUAUAUUGUCAUUACAAGGUGUUAUUUCACCAGCUAAAUAAAUAUUUUUAUCCUUUGAUGUAUUCUCUAACAACUUUUUUGAAUUCAUUAAAAUUUUGUAGUAAUAUAAUUUCUUUAGGUAGUUUAUUAAAUAGUGUUAUACAUCUUAAGUGUGGAAUUUUGGUUUCAGUUUAUAGUUAUAUCUUGUGAUAUAUGGUCCAGUAUGUUCAGAUUCUACAAAAUUAUUUACAAUUUUACAAAUAAGAGCAACCUAUAAAUAUAUUACGAAACAAAAGGGAAUAUAUUCCACUCAGUAAAUAAAGGUUUACAUGAGGCUCUUGUAUCAGCUAAACAUAUAAUACAUAUGGUUUUUUUUUUGCAAUCUAAAAAUUUUAAUACUAUUACUACACUUACCCCAUAUUUCAAUUACAUAUAGGCCUACCAUGUGUGUGUGAAAAAGUGCAAUGUAUGCAGUUCGUAGAGAAUUUCUGUCUAUAAUUUGGCUAAGAAUUCUGAGGGCGUAGCAAGCUUUACUUAAUUUAUGAAUAGUUUGAUUGAUAUGUACAUUCCAUUUUAGUUUAUCAUCAAUAUGUAAGCCCAAGAAUUUAGUUGAUUCAGUUUGACUUAUCGCUUGAUUCUGAAAUUCAGAUAAUACUUGAUCGAGCAGUCUUUUAUUACCAAAUUUAAUAAAUUUUGUUUUAUUUAUAUUAAGUUUUAAAUUAUUUGCAUCAAACCACUUAUUCAAGUUAAUUAUUUCAAAUUCAGUUUUAUUUUUUAAUUCCAAUAUUUUUCUGGAGUUAUAAGAAGAUUUGUGUCAUCAGCAAAAUAUACCUACUCGUACAAAAUUGUACUUACUACAGAGUCAGAAUUUUUUCAUUAGUUUUCCUUAUCCCUAUAUUUACACAUGAGUUAUCCAUCAAGUCAAAUCUGUGUGGGAUUGUACAUACCGCCACUUUUGUGUUACAUAAUGAAGGUAAUACAUAUUUCAAACUGAGAUACACAGUUUUUGAUUGUUUCUUUAACACGUAAUUUCCACCUGCUACUAUAACUAUUUCAUCUUUCUUGAGACAUGUCUUGUCUUCUCUUAUUCAUCUCACCACUUCAAUAAUAGAAGCUCCUGGUUUGAUAUAAACUUACUUGUGAAAUGUAAUUCCCGUCUGCUUUUUCGCUAGCCUAUUCGUACAACCAUAAGCACAACACGACAUUAUUUAUUUCAUUAAAAACACCAUUUCAAACUUGUAUUCGCCGUUUGUUUUGGUCGCAUUAGUGGGCGUGUCCCAAAAAGCAAAAUGACUUCAGCAUCCACGCCAAACAACCACUCCCUAACUUCUUACCUCCAUGGUUUGUCCUAUCUACUGUCACCCCCCUGGGUUUAACCAUGUGCUACUGUAAACAACGAAUUAACAAUCAAGGCCGUAAUGUGGCAGACGUAAAUCAGUAAUGCAUCAUUGUUAUUGUACUAGCGGAGGAAAAUUUUGCUAGCCUAGAAGUCGAAUGGAUCCUUGAGGCUUUUGUGCAAAGACUCCAGAUAUGUUUAGAGAGUUAGGAAUGGCAAAACAGGUCAUCUUUCUUCCACCUGUAUACAAGUGAUUAUCUUUGACAAUGAAGGGCAGUAAUGGAAAUCCACGGCAACAUUUUCAUAGUUCACGUCAGCAGAAAAGCAUUCCUGAAGCCGAUGAGUCAGCUUAUGUGCCAUAUGAUGGAGGUGAAGUACAGAGUCCACAGCAUGCUGUAAAUCCAGAACAUCGGUUGCUAAAAGUGUACUUUUUGGCACCGAUCUUGUGUCGUCUUUGUAAUGACUACAUAUGGGGUACUGGUCCUGUUGGAGUGAAAUGUGAACCGGCUGAUUGCAAAGAUCGAUGGAAGAAUAUUAGAGGGAGGUACGUCAAGUGCAAGAACCAGAAAAAUCUACCAUCCGGAAAUGGUGUUAAACAAAUUAAAGAUUACUACUUAACACCACAUCUUCAUUUCUUGGACACUUUUCGAAAAUCCUGUGAAAGCAAAGGCAAUAUUAUGGUCAGUGAGACGUCACACUCUAUAGAGGACACAGACAACAGCGUGCAUCAGGAAGAGGAUUUUGAUAAUGAAAACUCAGAAGACGGGUCUUUGCAACAUGGAAGUUCUGCAUCUGAAACAGUAGAGCAUCGUCCACCUUCUUCUAUUCCAAACCAACCAUUACGAGCCAACCACCACAUGACUCCAGGUGAGAGUUAUAGGAAGAGAAAAGCAGCCAGAACUCUAUCAGAUCUGAAGAAACGGGCUUGUAAAUACUUUGAAACAAAAGAAAAACUUAUGAUGGAAAGGCAAACUUCUCAGCUAAUCGAACCAAUUGAUCCAGAAAUGGCAUUUCUGCACAGCCUUUUGCCGGAUAUGAAAGCAAUGGGCGAGGCACAAAAGCGGAAAUUCAAAAUAAGAGUCAUACAACUAACCGAUUAACUUUUGAAUCCAUCGUGUUCCCCAUCGUCACAGUCUUGCUCAGAAUAUGUAUUCCAAGCAAACACUGCCAGCACAAGUCGCAUCCCAGGUACCCUGCAGUUCCCAAGGGAUAAUGACAAUGUACAAAACCAUGACCAGAACUCUGAAGAAAACCACUUUAAUAUGACUGAUUAUAUCCACAUGAACAAUAUGUAACAUACAAAUCCUACACUAUUAUUUUUUUGGACUUUGUAUUUAGUUACCUUUUACAUACAUGUUUGAGCAACGUUUGGAUUUUUGGACUUAUGUUAACUGUUAAUGUAAAAUGAAUAAUUACCAAACAUUUACGAUGUUUCAUUUUGUGUUAGGGGAAGGCGGUAAUGGUACGAAGGUCAGUAUCACGCAGGAGUGCUGGCACUACUAUGCGGCGAAAGGAGUAACUUCGUUCUAGUCGAGUUGCAAUGGCGUGCGGCUGAAGUUGUGUUGGAUAUUUGUGUUUUUUUAAAUCUGAGAUUUUUCCAAUAAGAUCCUGCAUUCAUUGCAUUCGAGGCAAGGAAAAACUGUGUACUUUUGUAGAAUUUUAGAUGUUUAUAAAUAAUUAGUAGGGUUUUUGCUAUAACUUAACGCGGUAAGGGCUUGUACUUUGUGAUCGUUUCAACUGUGACUGUCAGUAAACUGAUAUGGUGUCGUUUGGGGUAUUCGUACGCAGGCAUGCAUACCAAUUCCCCAUCUGCUUUUUAUUCACCCAUGCGAAAUUUGAUAACUGUUAUUUUUAAUAGAUCAUAUCAAUGGUUUUGUACAUUAUAAAAAUAACAGAAACAAAUAUGUAUACUAAUCUCCAGUUCCAAAACCAUCAACAUCAAGGACUACAGGGACCAGGAAGUCGCCGAGACGAAAAAAGCAUUUGGAAAUCCUAACAGCCACUGCAAGAAAAACGAUGCAGGAAGAAGUAGAAACAAAGAGGAAAAAUAAAACGAAACACAAGCUGAGCAUGAUAUAGGGAAUCCAAAAAAAAAGAAGAAAA